CAUAUGUAUCCACCCCCUGCUUUGAAGAGAACCUUAUUCUAAGAGUGAAAGGGGAGAUGAACUCAGCCCCCAUCUAUUCCAGAUGGCUUCUAUCCCAGGUGACUUCUUCUAGAGGGAGCGCACAGUGGCACAUGUUCCUAACCCACGCAGGCAAUUUGCAGGGCCGCCACGCCCCCUGCCCCCUCCUUCCCAUCUUCUGCAGAUUGCAAGCUGAGUGGCUCUGAGCAGCGGCUGGAAGAACAGGGAGAGUUUCUGCUUGUGAGGAGGGGAGAAAGAGGAGGCAGCAGAGAAGACCCCCCAGGCAGCUGGCACCUGGCCCCCUUCAGCCUGGCCUUCACCAUGGCUAGUGCCUGAGGCCCAGUGUGGUCUUGAGCAGGCCUCUCUGCCUCAGGCCCUUAUCCGUGAUAAAGAAGAUUCAACUGAAGGAGCAGGGAUGUGGGUCGUUUUCGGCUCCCACAUCUUAUGAUGGAGUCAUUGCCUUUGUUAUCCACAUGAGCACAGCAGGUUACUGACUGCAACUUUUCACAGCAAGAAGUAGGGCACUGGGGACCAGACUAGGAAUCAGGACACCUGAGACAGGGAUCCUGGCUCUGCCACUUGCUGCUGCGUGACCUUGAUCAAGGUGAUUCUGGAUAAAUACUACUUCCUCUGCGGGCAGCACCUCCACUUCAUCCCAAGGAAGCAGCUGUGUGACGGGGAGCUGGACUGUCCCUUGGGAGAGGAUGAGGAGCACUGUGUCAAGAGCUUCCCCGAAGGGCCUGCAGUGGCAGUCCGCCUCUCCAAGGACCGAUCCACCCUGCAGGUGCUGGACCCGGCCACAGGCAACUGGUUCUCUGCCUGUUUUGACAACUUCACAGAAGCUCUGGCCGAGACAGCCUGCAGGCAGAUGGGCUACAGCAGCAAACCCACUUUCAGAGCUGUGGAGAUUGGCCCAGACCAGGAUCUGGAUGUUGUUGAAAUCACAGAAAACAGCCAGGAGCUUCAUGUGAGGAACUCAAGUGGGCCCUGUCUCUCAGGCUCCCUGGUCUCCCUGCACUGUCUUGCCUGUGGGGAGAGCCUGAAAACCCCCCGUGUGGUGGGCGGGGAGGAGGCCUCUGUGGAUUCUUGGCCUUGGCAGGUCAGCAUCCAGUACGACAAACAGCACGUCUGUGGAGGGAGCAUCCUGGACCCCCACUGGGUCCUCACAGCAGCCCAUUGCUUCAGGAAACAUACCGAUGUGUUCAACUGGAAGGUGCGGGCCGGCUCAGACAAACUGGGCAGUUUCCCAUCCCUGGCUGUGGCCAAGAUCAUCAUCAUUGAAUUCAACCCCAUGUACCCCAAAGACAAUGACAUCGCCCUCAUGAAGCUGCAGCUCCCACUCACUUUCUCAGGCACGGUCAGGCCCAUCUGCCUGCCCUUCUUUGAUGAGGAGCUCACUCCAGCCACCCCACUCUGGAUCAUUGGAUGGGGCUUUACAAAGCAAAAUGGAGGGAAAAUGUCUGACAUACUGCUGCAGGCGUCAGUCCAGGUCAUUGACAGCAUACGGUGCAAUGCAGACGAUGCGUACCAGGGGGAAGUCACCGAGAAGAUGGUGUGUGCAGGCAUCCCGGAAGGGGGUGUGGACACCUGCCAGGGUGACAGUGGUGGGCCCCUGAUGUACCAAUCUGACCAGUGGCAGGUGGUGGGCAUCGUUAGCUGGGGCUAUGGCUGUGGGGGCCCGAGCACCCCAGGAGUGUACACCAAGGUCUCAGCCUAUCUUAACUGGAUCUACAAUGUCCGCAAGGCUGAGCUGUAAUGCUGCUGCCCCUUUGCAGUGCUGGGAGCCGCGCCCUUCCUGCCCUGCCCACCUGGGGAUCCCCAAAGUCAGACACAGAGCAAGAGCCCCCUUGGGUACACCCCUCUGCCUACAACCUCAGCAUUUCUUGGAGCAGCAAAGGGCCUCAAUUCCUGUAAGAGACCCUCACAGCCCAGAGGCGCCCAGAGGAAGUCAGCAGCCCGAGCUCAGCCACACUUGGUGCUCCCAGCAUCCCAGGGAGAGAUGCGGCCCACUGAACACGCCAGCCUGCAGGCCAAGGUCUCAGGGGUAUUGCUAAGCCGAGAAGGAACUUUCCCACACUACUGAAUGGAAGCAGGCUGUCUUGUGAAAGCCCAGAUCACUGUGGGCUGGAGAGGAGGAGGAAAGGGUCUGUGCCAGCCCUGUCCGUCUUCACCCAUCCCCAAGCCUACUGGAGCAAGAAACCAGUUGUAAUAUAAAAUGCACUGCCCUACUGUUGGUGUGAUUACUGUUACCGACUGUUGUUAUUGUUAUUACAGCUAUGGCCACUAUUCUUAAAGAGCUGUGUGACAUCU